AUGAGAAAUGGUGUGAGAUGUUUCCACCUAGACCGCUUCCUGAAGCUGCUCGUGACAGGAGGCCAAGAUGGGAUCCUGAGACUGUGGAACCCAGUGAUCACUUACAGACCGACAGUGUCUCUAUUCGGACACAAGUCUUGCAUUAUCGACGUCCGGGCACUCAAACACCUCAGGGUUAUCCUUAGCAUGUCCAAAGAUGCUGUAUUGAAGGUAUGGGACAUUGAAGAGCAAAGCUGUCUUCAAUCCCUCUCAACUUUGUUUCCUGUGUUUGGUCUGCUGUCCAGAACUCCUCACUUUGGAGUUCAGGUAUUCUACCCAGGACCAGUGUGUCAUGACCCACCUACUACUAGUGUGAGGGACAAGCCCACCUUGCAGACUAAACUGCAGACGACGCAUCCAGCCAGUCUACUGUCUACAUCCUCCACUACACGGCAGGACCGAGCUAGUGUGUACAGGAACGAGGGUGAGUGGAACCGCAUGGAGAUUCUUGCUGUAUGUUGUGACUACAUCAUGAUUCUGCAACUGAGCCAGAGAGAGCUGUCGGAAGGGGAGGGGAGAGUGGGAGAAGCCUUACCACCUCCACUGAGAGAACAAGAGCCGGCCGUCCCCUCUCCGUGGCUCACUGUUGAUUCAGUUCAGAUGUCAACGCUAAACGUAGAUCAUCCGUCUCAAUUGUCAUCAGGUUCUGAAGCUACUUCACCAAUCCCAACUGCUGUUUUGGAAACGUUUCAGCGGAGUUUUGGAGAUGAAGUAACGUACCAUUUCAAGGGCCUCACUAGUGCCAACCACAACAUUAAGGCUGCCAAAGCAAGACAAUACACUGCGCAAAAAGAUGUGCGGUCGAUGAUAGAGCAGUGUGCUCCUCACCUGGUACUAAACCUCAGUCCCUUGGAAGAGAUUAGAUUCACUCACCCUCUCCCCACAACCUCCCGGAUGAGGAACAUCGAUCUGUCUAACCCAGACAAGCUGUUGAAGGCGAGGUUGAAACGUGACUCUACCUCUACGGUGGGGUCUAAAGCUUCUAACACCUCCACUACUUCUAGUACACUGAGGUCCAAGAAGAGAUCCUCGUAA